UCUGUGGGCGGCCAUUUAAUAUGAGGGCAAGCGCAGUCUUUCUGGUUAGUUCGUCUUUUAAUCCGUGAUAGCAAUGUCGGCUAGAGUGUCUAGUGGUUCUAAGUUGCAUUGCUGUGUCCCACUGUGUAAUGGUGAUAGACGUUAUUCACCAAACUUAUCGUUUCAUUCAUUUCCUAAGGAUGUCAAACGGAAACGAGCCUGGAUUGUGAAUAUUCGUCGCGAACCUGGCAAAUAUUUUCAAGUAACAAGAAGCACGAGGGUUUGUGGCAAGCACUUCAGACCUGAAGAUAUAUAUGAGUCACCUUCAGGUAGGCGUCUCCUACAUUACAACUCAGUUCCAUCAAUAUUUAGUUGGACCAAGUCAGUUCCAGAGAGACCACUGCCUAAAAGAGUGGUUACAGACAGACCACUGCCAGAAAAAUUGAGUGCUAAUGAUUCGAUCACCCCAAACAGUCAACCCAGCAAUCUGAGUUCAAUUCGUGCUAAUCCGACUUCAUUGGAUCACAACUAUAGCAGGGAGAAAAAAAAGGAGCAUGUCUCAAAAGAAAUUAGAAGAGAAAAUCUCAUUGCUACAUCAACUAGAAAACAGUCACCAUGUUUUUCAAUAUAAAAUGGAGGUUUUGUACAUUUUCCCUCCGAACCGAGCUCUAAGCAAGCGGACAAUGUAAGGUAAUUGCCACUAUACUAAGGUCGGCGUUGCUUACUCAAUUUAUCACACCCUGGAUGAGGUGGUGGGCUUGAACUCAAGCUUAUGAACUACAAUUCCAAGAACUAAGCCAGGGUGGUCCGAACCCAGGCCCGCGGGCCACAUGUGGCCCGCUGCUUCCUUAUCUGUGGCCCGCGCCGUAUUCGAAGAGUAAUCAAAAUAUUGUAUUUUAAAUUGCUUCUCAUAAAAUAAAUCAGAAAAAUCGUUCGACAUAUUGUUGCUAUAUCACCACUGUGACUGAAUUGACUAGUAUGAUGUCUAGCUGAAGCAACUAGCGAAGUUGAAUGAAGCGAUCGGCAGUUUAAAUUGUUAUCUGGAUUUCUAUCGUUUUGGUCGGGAAUAUAUGCUAACAAUAUAGGCAUGAAAGAAAACUACAAAUCGAAUGUGGAUUGCAUUAGCCUAGGUUGGCAAUGCCUGUUAACUAUGAGUUUACACAAUAUUAUUGCUUGUUUUGUACUGCACUGUUUACCUAUUCUUGGUACUGUCGUGGCCGGCGACCAAUGCCAAAAAUAAUUUUGUGGCCCGCGGAGCCCACAACAUUGGACCACCCUGAACUAGGCCAUUACAGUCUUACACAGUAGUAUGGUUCCUAAUGUUAAUAGUUUAUGACAUCUUAGCUGACUGUGCUUCUUCUUUGAGCUGCUGUAAUCGAAAAUGUUUAUAAUGUAAGAAGUGAUUUUGAGAUCACCCUGGUAUGGGGCACUUCCUUCCACAUACUGACAAACUAUUUAAUUUUUGUGAUGUGGUAGAAUCCAUUUAAAAGACCUUUUUUCGUAAUAUGCUGAUAGUUAUAUUUGGCAAGGUUUGGCAUAAGGUUUUCGGGAAAUGAUGGUAAAACAUUUCGUUAUAGACUUCGUGUCCAUAUACUUGAGCAUAGCUCUCUUGUUGGGAUGGGACAGGCAUAAUUGCUAUGGGAAUGGAACGGAAAAAUAUGUUCCUUGGACAAGCCUGGAUAUGAUGGUUGCAUUAUCCAAACAUUCCUACAUAUGAGGAAUUGAUGAAAACAUGCCUUGAAAAAGAAAAAAAACUUUGAAUAUAGAGUAGUACUCGACCGACUGUACUAUGGUAUUGUGUAUUGAAGUAAGAGGACUCCUUGUUCAUGUUCGAUUGUCAAAUUAAUUUUUUUUAUUGGGUUCCUGUAAACAAUUCGACUUUGAUUAUCUGAAAUACUGAAUUGAAAUAUAGAAUCUGUUGCAAAGAUGUGGUACUGGAAGCGGAUCGUGUGAUAAAGUAUUUGCCAUCGAUAGUCAGUCAAAUGCAAAAACCAGAGGUCGGAACCUACGACCCGCGGAUUAAUAUAAUCCGACCCGCGACGCUUCACUGAAUUAUAGUAACAAAACUGCUGUUUUGGCGAUAGACGACAGAAUUUAUUGCGAGUCACGUGUAGAUUAAAUUGUAAACUAACAAGUAUAUAAUUCACAAUUACUCCUUUAAUGAGCCUAUAAUUUAAUAACAAUUAGUUAAACAGUAACAAAACGCAAAAAAAGUUGAUGUUAAGUGC